CAGGAGACGAACACAGGGUCUGUUUCCUUUCUGGAACAACAGGAUUUUUUGUAGCAGUGUUUUCUUUCUCUCUUUUCCCCCUUCCACAACUUGUGAAGAUGUCAGUCUCGGGGAAGAAGGAAUUUGAUGUGAAGCAGAUCUUGAGGCUUCGCUGGAGAUGGUUCAGCCACCCCUCUCAGAGUUCCACAGGCACCGGAGGUUGCCUGCAGCAGGAAGGAUAUGAGCAUAGAGGGACACCAGUUCAGAACAGGCUGAAGAGCCACUCGCGGGACAGAAACGGGCUGAAGAAAAACAACAGCCCAAUACGACACAACAUCUUGGCGCCAGUGCCUGGACCGACCCCAGUGCUCCAUCGGCAGAUCCAGACUUGGCCUGAGCAGCAGAACUUCAUCGAGCACCUGCAAACCACAGAGCAGGCGCCAAAAGCUGCCAGAGAGGAGGAAGCUGACAAAGAAGAGCUGGACAGAAAGGUGCAGGAGUUGCAGAUGAUCACAGAGGAGAGCAAGGAUGAGUCUGUUGAGAGAAGGCUAUCAAUAAGCAGCUGCUCCUCUCCUAUGGGAGGGAACAACAACAGAUCAGAUGAAUGCUUUCAUUCUGCAAACCAUGCAGAGCAGACCUUCCGCAAGAUGGAGAAUUAUCUCCAGCAGAAGCAACUAUGCGAUGUUCUUCUCAUUGCUGGAGAGCAUAGGAUUCCUGCCCACAGGUUGGUUCUGAGUGCUGUGUCUGACUAUUUUGCUGCAAUGUUUACCAACGAUGUCCGUGAAGCAAAACAGGAAGAAAUCAAAAUGGAAGGAGUGGACCCCGACGCACUGAAAGACCUUGUGCACUAUGCAUACACAGGUGUCUUGGAACUCAAAGAAGAAACAAUUGAAAGCUUGCUGGCCGCUGCUUGCCUUCUUCAGCUUUCGCAAGUCAUUGAAGUCUGCUGCAACUUUCUUGUGAAGCAGCUCCAUCCAUCAAACUGCUUAGGAAUUCGGUCCUUUGGAGAUGCUCAGGGCUGCACAGAGCUCCUGCGGGUGGCGCAUGUGUACACUAUGGAACACUUCACUGAGGUAAUAAAGAACCAGGAAUUUCUCUUGCUGCCUGCCGGUGAAAUUGCUAAGCUCCUGUCAAGUGAUGACAUCAAUGUCCCAGAUGAAGAAUCCAUAUUCAAGGCAUUGAUGUUGUGGGUUCGGCAUGACUUGCAACCCAGGCAGCGGGAGCUCGGAAUGCUUCUCUCCUACAUCAGAUUGCCGUUGCUUUCCCCGCAGCUAUUAGCAGAUCUGGAAAACAGCACCAUGUUCACUGAUGACCUUGAGUGCCAGAAACUUCUCAUGGAAGCAAUGAAGUAUCACCUGCUACCAGAAAGGAGGUCUAUGAUGCAGAGUCCUCGUACUAAGCCUAGGAAGUCCACCGUGGGCUCUCUCUAUGCUGUGGGGGGUAUGGAUGCCACCAAAGGCACUACCACCAUUGAGAAAUACGACUUGAGAACAAAUAGCUGGAUCCAAAUUGGAACCAUGAAUGGAAGGCGGCUACAGUUUGGAGUUGCUGUGAUUGACAACAAGCUGUACAUUGUAGGAGGAAGAGAUGGCCUAAAAACAUCCAAUACAGUCGAAUGUUUCAAUCCAGUAACCAAAGCCUGGACUGUGAUGCCCCCAAUGUCAACCCACAGACAUGGUUUGGGUGUAGCAAUGCUUGAAGGGCCAAUGUAUGCGGUGGGAGGCCAUGAUGGUUGGAGUUAUCUUAACACGGUGGAAAGAUGGGACCCUCAGGCCCGACAGUGGAAUUACGUUGCAAGCAUGGCAACACCAAGGAGCACUGUGGGGGUUGCAGCACUGAACAGCAAGUUGUAUGCUGUUGGCGGGCGAGACGGCAGCUCCUGCUUGAAAUCCGUGGAGUGCUUUGACCCCCACACAAACAAGUGGAGCAUGUGCGCAUCCAUGUCAAAGCGGCGUGGAGGGAUUGGUAUUGCAACCUACAAUGGGUUUCUCUAUGCCGUGGGUGGCCAUGAUGCUCCUGCUUCUAAUCACUGUUCUCGGCUUUCCGACUGCGUAGAAAGGUAUGAUCCGAAAACAGACACUUGGACCACUGUAGCACCUUUGAGCGUACCCCGUGAUGCUGUGGGGAUCUGUCCUCUUGGAGAUAGGUUGUACGCAGUGGGUGGUUACGAUGGACAAACCUACCUGGAUACGGUGGAAUCUUAUGAUGCACAAAACAAUGAAUGGAUAGAGGAAGUUCCAGUCAAUAUAGGAAGAGCUGGCGCCUGUGUUGUAGUCGUGAAGCUGCCAUAACAGACCAUUUCCAGGUGUGAAAUAUUAAUAAGAAGCAUGGCAGAAGAGGAGGGAAAGCAUCCUUGAAAACAACACAAAGCGCUUCCUCUACAGGAGGAGGAAAGACAAGGAUGAGCCUGUGUGGAGCCUGAGCAUGAAAAUCACAUUGUCUGCAUUCCAAAGACACACUUAGCAGGUGUUUGAUCAUCAUGGGUGAUGUUAAUCUCUAUCUGUAGGGUGGAUCUGGGUACACACUGUGCAUCAAUAGAGAAAUCCUCAUUCUAAAGCAAUUCUGUGUCAAGAACAGCUGAGUGUGCAGCUGGAAAUGAAACAUGUAUCUCUCCCCCCCCAUAACUGCUUGCAUUAUAAGAACCCCUUGACAGCUUGAUAUGGAGAAGGAGGGCAGGGAGCCAUGUGGAGCCUUGAAUCCCUAUUCCCUCACCAGAAAGACGUCUUGCUUAGUCUCCUUCUCAUGCACAAAGAUACCUCUGCAGGGUCUUUUCUGCACCACUUAGCAUCCAUGAACAGUUGCCAGGACCCCAGGACUUUGGCAGGGCUCAUUGCUAGUGCUUCCCUCUUUUGUGCUUUUUCAGGCCUUGCCCCUGGUUUUGAUCAACAUUGGUUAGCUGGAUCUAGUUGCCCUUAAAGUUUCUCACAGUGCUAUUGACCUUUGGUCAUAUUGCAUGUGGAAAAAUUAAAGGGUAGCUAGGCACUGCUGGCUAGUGCUGUGCGGAGCACUGCUACUGCUACUGCAGCAAGAUGUUCCCUGAUGGAAGGCAGUGCCGAGAGGACACAUUGUUCAGGGCCACCUAAUGCUUGAGCUGACCUUGAUUCUUUGGAUUCUGUGAUAAAUCUGGACCAGGAGUUUGCAAUUUAGCACAUGUUGGCACAGUGGUGGCUUUGCAGCUACGGAAUCUCUGAGCAUCCCCCGUCACUGUCCUCACUGCCAUCAGACAUUCUAACCCCCCCUCCCCCCAUUGGGAGUCCGGGCUCGCUGUGGCGCUGUAGGCUUCCUCCUCUUCCCUUCUGUCUGGAACCUCUUUCCUGCCUUCUCCCUCCACCCUUCUGUCUGGUGUCUUUUGUGUGAUUUCCUUCCCCUCCCUCCUGUCAGCGUCUUGUGCUGGAUGUGUGUCACAUCCUCUGAACCUUGGGUUUUCCCUGAAGUGUGAGAGCAAAGACCUGUGACCCACGGGAUGGACCUUCCUUGCUGUAAGUACUUACAACCUGAAGGUGACAGGGUUGAUCUGUGUCAGAACCUUGAAGGGCCCCAGCCUUCUGGGUGCCAGCUUCUUCCUCCUUCCCCCCAUGGGAAGGCCUUCUGACAACAGCCAGACCCUGUCCCCUAUCUGGAAGACCUCCUCCAGUCCUCUGUGAUGGUCUGCCCCAUCCUUGUAAGCCUCAUUGCCCCUUGCCAAGUCUCCAUCCAGUUGCUGGUGUACUGUCUCCCACCCCUCAACUCAUGCCUCACUAGGUGGUCCCCCGAUCUCCUCCUCCCCCUGCUCUGGGAAGGCUCUGGGGUCUCGCCCAAGAUUGGCCUUACUGGGCGUGAGCCUCGUGAAGAUGUGUACUGCAUGCCCCUCUGUGGGGUUGUCAUGAUCUUGCUUGAGAAUCUUCCCUCUGAGGGAGUCCUGGGGCAUAUACAGGGCGUCAUUGCUAAAGAGUAACCCCUCUUUCUCUGCAAGCCCUUCCCCUGCCCCCUCUCCCUCCCUCAAGUCCCUCCGUAUGUUCUGGGUAAAAGUGUCCUCUUUGGUGAGUUGGCUCAGUUCUUCUUCCUGCAUCCCCGUCUCUGCGUCGUUCCACCUGGCUUGGGAGGCGACGUGGUGUGAUACUGAGGUUUCUCCUUCUUCCAUUUUCAUGAUGGCCACAGUGGCUGCUCACUCUCGGUGUUCUCCUCCUUCCCUGCCCUCUGCAUCUCCAAAGGUGAGAUCUCCCUGGCACUGGCUGCCCACAGGGUCAUGGUCAAUUAAGUCAAAAGCUAGCACUUCUGAGUGCUUGUUCACUGUCAUCUUCAGAGAGGGGGGUCUGUUGCGUGACCUGCAAUUCCCUGCCGUCUAUGGUCAAAACGCUCAUGGGAAGCUUCCUUGGGAAAAGGGGAAUCUGAUUCUGCCUAGCAGAGUCCACCGAUAGGAAAUCGUUGCUGCUGCCCCUGCAGAGAAGCCCGACUGUCUCCUGGGUCUGGCCUCUUGGCAGCUGCAGACUCACUUCCAUCACUUUGCCGUGCUGUGGGGUGUUACAGGAGGGCUCUGUUGCUGCUCCUCCGCCUGGCUACUCCCCUCCUGAUCUGGCAGCCAGGCUUGCGCCUUUCCCCAUGCUCCAGUUUGCAUUCUGAGCUCCCCCAUCUCUGUGCCUGCCUGCUCUCACCAUUUCUUCCUCUGGGGGCAGUGUUCCACCAAGUGGCUGGACGCAUUGUAAGGGAGGCAGCUCACGCCUUUCUCUUCUUUCUGUUUUCCCACGUCAACGUUUGAAAGCACCCGCGCGCGGGCUUUGUCCCUCUGCAUCACGUCUGGUGGGAGGGGUCUGUGCUGGGCUGCAGCUGCCUCACCAGGACUGUGUGGGAACUUGGGGUGGCUGCCUUUCCCCUCCGUCUGUCUUCUCUGCCUGGAUUCCUGCCACACCCCCUCCUGCACCUUCAGGGCACACUGCAUCUCAGUCUUAAAAGCCAGGUCGCUCUGUGGGUUGCCAUUACAUCUGCUGCCCAGCGAUGGCACCCUGCGCCCAAACCCUUCCGAGGGUCCUCUCUGCUCCUCCAGCCUCCGCUCCUCCAGCUUGGCUGUGCUCAGAGCCGCUCAGUCCACUAAGCUUGGCUUCCCCUGUGCUUGGGCGCCUACCUGGUCCUUGAGCUGUUCCAUAGUUGCAGGGUGCUGGCUGCAGCUUGCUCUCUGCUGCUCCCCUCAUGCGUGCCAGUCCUUCCUUGGCAUCUCUCUCUUCCGCUUCAGAUGCUGCCAAUUCCAUGCCUGCUGCCACAUCUGCAGCUCUCUCCCCUCGGGGUAGCCAUGAAAAGAUUGUGGGCUUCCUGGAGUUUACACGUGGGAAUUGUUAUGUGAGAGGAAUAGGGGUCUCCUGACAACUUUCAGCACUGUUAACAGUUCAUAAGAUUCCCUAGGGGGAGCCAUGACUUGUUUAAAGUAUUAUAAUACAGAUUUAAUUGUAUGGUGUGUUUGUGUCCUUAGUCCUACUCAACUCAAUGGGGCUUAACUUCUGAAUAAACAUUGGGAUGUCUAGGACAUGCUACAUCAGGGAUAGGGAACCUCAGGCUCAGAAGCCACAUGUGCACUCCCCCCCAGAUUCUCUGUUUCACCUCAGGGUCACCUAGGCCACACCUCCUCCAAACCCACACUCCUUCACCUCCUUGCUUUGUUUUUGCCUGGCUGGAAUGUGUCCUUGAACUCUGAUCAUGCCUCCUGCUCUUGUGGAUGGAGGAGAACUGAGAGAGGUGUGAGAGUUUGUAUAGAAACUAGCCUGCUGUAUGAAGGUGAAAUUCACAUUUGCUGUUCUGGUCUGUUUUGCUUCUUUCCCUGCCUGCCACUGGCAUGUGGCCCUUGGAAGGUUGCAUAACAAAAUGAGCAUGUCCCUCUGGCUAAAUAAGGCAGUCACACUGCCGCUUUGCAUGUUAGAAUGGCCAUGGCCAGAGAAAGGAGAGUGGAUUCAUGUCUGUAGUCUUCUCCUAUGUGCAACCUACAUAUGCACCAGUCCAGUGGUCCCUCCUAGCUCCUAAAGAGUCUGGAUAUACUUUGCACAUGAAGUUUAUUAUGCUGAAUAAGCAUCAAGGGCAGGGCCAAUGGCUGCAGUCCUGCUCCCCUUUCUUUGUACGUUUAUUGUAAUAUGUGAAGUGUUCUUAAGAUUUACUUUCUGAUGUUGUGUAGUGGGUGCAGCCCUCCAGAAUCCAAAGUCUGUAUACAGUACCACCAAAAGUGUGAAACCUCUCUCUCUCUCCCCCCCCCUCUGAAGGAUUUCUAAUGAAGAUGGCACAUAAAACAUAAGCUUAAAACCACACAGCUGCUAUUAUAUUAAUCACCACAUGCCCGGUGAUUCUCGGAAUUGUCUUUCCUUUGCAAAUCCAUCUGUGAGAACCGUUUUGAACCAAUUUUGCUUCCUCUGAAAUAAUGGCCGUGGGUCAAGACCCUGUUGGCAGUGUGGCAUUAAUGUAAUCACAUUUGCGGAAUGAAACAUGCACAGGGGAACUAUGUAUAUCAUAUUGAUAUGACAAGCCUGCGACCUCAGCUGUGGGGUGCAAACCUUGUGGUGCAUUCCGAUAAAUAUUCUGUUAAGUUCAGAACCGGUGUGCUGCAGGGAACUACAGAUCAUUAAAAUAAGUGUGUUUACAUUUUAAUUCCAAAAGAUGCUGAAUACUAAAGAAGGUGAUUUGUUGAGCACUUGCUGUGGAAAGGAAAGGGCAAAAUACAUAGGAACAUAGAAAGCUGCUCUCCACUGAAUCAGAUCGCUAGUCCAUUCCAUCCCAGUACUGUCCACACUGACUGGUAGCAGCUCUCCAGGGUUUUAGGCAGGGUGUCUUCCACAGCCCCAAUGAGAUGUUGAUAUGUUCUUCCCAGUGAAGGCUGUUCCAUCAGGGCAAAUGGGGUCCUGCCCCAUCAACCUCAGUCUGCCCUCACCCAGCCCCCACUUGCCUGCUUUCUUACUUGCAACCAGUCCAGGUGGUUGGCACAAUUGCCUGCCUGCCUGCCUGCCUGCCUGCCUUCCCCCUCCCCCUCCCCCCUCCUCCUCCCUCUCAGUCUUGACCCUGAAAAACUCAGUAUGGAGGAGGAUGAGGACAAAACCUAGAAUUAGCUGUUUCUGCCUGCCAUCGGCUGUGUCUCCAUCUACUCCUGGCUAACCUGCCUUUUGCCCUAUCAGUCCCACUGGGCACCAGCCAUCACUGGGAACAUGGAAACAUGAUACUUGUGUGCUCUUUUGCCCUCCUCUUCACUUAUACUGAAUGGGCAGCAGUGAAUGUGUAAAGGUCAAUAUUUCCCACUCCAGUUGGCAGCAGUUCUCCAAGGCCAGAAUCAUUGUGAACAAUGGUAACCUGAGGUCUAUUUAACUGGAAGGGGUCCUUUGUAUGCCAAGCAUUCUAUCACUGGCCUGUGACUUUUCCCCAUGACAAAAGAAUCCAAGGAAGAUGGCAGAUCCUCUAAAGUGAAUGCAGGGAACCUAAGUAUUCAGGAGUUCCCUAUGUGCAUCAGAAUAUUGGGGAGGCUCUAACAUAGGAACAUAGAAAACUGCCUUUGAGCAGGUUGAACUGUUUGUCCAAAUAGUUCAGGGUUGUCUACUUUGACGGGCAGCUGCUCUCCAGUGUUCCAGGCAACUAAUGGUUUCCCACCUCCAUGCCAGCUACCCUGAAAUGUACAGGGUAGACACAGUGGUAAGCACCCCUCCUCCCCAAUCUGCCUUCAAUCAGUUCCCCAUUGCCUGCCGUCUUUCUUGCAGCCAAUGACUGGCAGCAACAGUUCAAGAUUUCAGGCUGUGUUUGUGCCUCAGAUGCCUACUUGGAGAUGCUGAUAAUUGAACCUGGGACCUUCUGCAUGUAAAGCAGGUGCUCCACCCUGUGGAAUGCCCUCCCAUCAGAUGUCAAGGAAAUAAGCAACUGUCCGACUUUUAGAAGACAUCUGAAGGCAGUCCUGUUUAGGGAAGUUUUUUAAAAUUUGAAGUUUUAUUCUGUUUUUAAUGUUCUGUUGAAAGCCGCCCAGAGUGGCUGGGGAAACCCAGCCAGAUGGGCGGGGUAGAAAUUUGAGCUAUGGCCCUGCCGUAAGGUUGACAACUUAAGGGGCCAAGUGAAAUUCCUCUGGUGGAUGGGAUUUGCUUUAAGGUCUUCUAAUUGCUGAUCCUUACAUUAGUGCUCAACACUGCCAGUAGUUAUUGCUUUAAAAUGAAGAUACAGUGGUACCUUGGGGUUACAAACACUUCAGCUUACGAGCAAAGUAGUACCUUGGGUUGAGAACUUUGCCCCAGGAGGAGAACGGAAAUCAUGCGCUGGCAGGACAGUGGCAGUGGGAGGCCCUAUUCGCGAAAGCGCGCCUCAGGUUAAGAACGGUUUGGGUUAAGAAUGGACCUCCAGAACAAAUUAAAUUCAUAUCCCGAGGUACCACUGUAAUAUUUUAUCGUCAAUGUAACCUCAUAAGCAUGUGAUGUAGGUAAUCAUCCAUUUAUUAAGGAAAAUGAUGAAGUCUUCCUAAAUUUUUUUAAAAAAUAGAAAUAAUCCAUUUCCCCCAGAGAAAGAACAAAGCACAUGCAGAUAUAUUUCCUUUCAUGUGCCAAUCUAUACAGUGUGUGUGUGUGUGUGUUUCUGAUAAUUUCCCCUGUUGCCAUCAUAUAAGCAAGGGAAUAUUACACUGUAUAUAAGAAGCUUGGUCUGGCUUUUUGUUUGUUUUAUUAAAAAAACAACAACUUGGAAUCAUAUGUGUUUACCCACAUAAUUUUGCAAGUUGACUUCCUCCCUUUAAAAAAGUUAUUGUGACGGGGAAAAAGAAAAGUUUUACAAAAAAAAGACAAUGAUUUCUGAACCCUGUCAAUGUGCAAUUUUUUUUAAAGAAAUGUUUUUUUAAAAUAAUAUACUAUUUGCUGGACUUAGAUAAUGAAAAAACACGUGCAGAACAUGGAAGUAUU